CGAGAGAUAUUCUACUUCUGCUUCAUUGAAACAUUUCGGUUCCUGCUGCUUACCUGAACCGUAUUUUUGCGCGAUGCCAAGUAAAACGAUCAUACACAUGCAUGCACCAAGGCUGUAGCUUUCACGACUUGCGACUGGGCUGAAAAGUAGAACAAGAAGGUUCGUAGAUCUACGUUUCUCUUCUGAAAAUCUGUAGCAAGGAUAUCUCAUGUUUUGCAGAUAUGGCCCACAAGGUAGCGUCCUCUCGAGCAGUUUCUCCAUCCAUGAUCAGCACCACCAGCAGACCUCGAGAUCGUCUAGCUGGACGUGAUUUCUGCAGUCGCUCUCAAACUUCUGCUAACGUCCCAGCAUCGCUAGAAAUUUUGGAGGAGCGUCCCAACGCACUAGUCCGCUUGAUUUGUUUUCCGUGGGCUGGUGGAGAGGCGGUGAAAGAUUACAGAGCAUUGAAACUGUCUCAAGCACUGCCAGACUUUGUAGAGGUGGUGGGUUUCCGUUGGGCCGGGCGAGGUAGGAGACAUGCCGAGCCAUCAUGGACUGGGUUCGGAUGGAUUCCCGGUGAGGCGCAGGCAUGCAUCGCCUUUCUCACGGAGAAGCCCUUUGCUUUCUUUGGUCACAGCAUGGGAUCCAGUGCUGCAUAUGAGUGGGCAAGAUGGCUGACGCUCAACACAAGCCUGCGGCCAAUUCAUCUCUUUGUUUCUGGAACUGUCCCGCCGCAGCUGCACGUCGAACUGUUGAAGAUGGGAGUUGGAGGCCUGAGUCGGGAUGAGCAGUGCAAGAAAAUCCACUUUCUCAGUGGCACGCCCAUUGCAGUUCUCAAGGCUAACAACUACCAAGCACUAAAAGCGAUAUUGCCUGUUCUGUCUGCAGACCUGGAUCUCGCUGAUACGUACAAAGAUGAACUCCGGAGCAGAAGCGAUUGUUUCCCCACCCUGACAUGCAACAUCACAGCAUCCGUUGGAGACAGUGACCACCUGAACCAUGGUAACAUGGAACGUUGGAGGGAGGUGACAGCCGGAUCGACAGUCUUCCAGACAUUUCCCGGUAGACAUUUCUACUUCAGGGAGCGGAAGGAGACAUUCGGAGAUCUCACCGCAGCUGUGGCGCGCACAUUGGCACGCGAAACAACUCCAGCCAGUAAACUAUAAUCGUCAUUCAGGCCACAGCAUGAGGCAUGCGAGCUGAACAUGACGAAGCCAAUCCGUCAAGCUGGUGAUGCUGUUCUGGGUACCAUGAGCCCUAUCCUCGGAAACAAGUGUGCCUUUGGAAGACCUGGAAAGCGUGCACAAAAGUUCCAAAAGAUCAAGUGGCAGAUGGAGACGUUUGCAAACGGCUAUUUCAUCAUAUUUGCAGGCAAUCUUCCACACAGCCAGCAUGACAUGAUGGUCGGCGAAGGUGGCGGUGAUCAUUUCUUGUUGACUAUCCUGCUCUGAAGAAGAAAAGGAACGAAGCAUUCACCAGAGUCACCCGUACCCUCCUUUCUGCUCGACCAUUCUACUUUCUCCAUACAGAUACAUAACACUUGUAUAUUUAUGACACCCGCCGUCGUGAUAUAUAAUAGACAUGUUUAUAUGCCGUUACAAGUGUUGAUCUCCAUGUAUAAGAACAUGCUGUCCUCUGAUCUAUAUACGGCCAAGUAAAACUAUUGAUUCACCCCGAAUUUUUGCCCUCCCGGCCAAAUUAUUUUACUUUUUAGACCCGGUAAAUGUACUGUAUGUACUGCGAA